UUGUUACCACUCCCCUCAAUUCCCCUGCCAGCUGUAGAGGACAGAGAAGGAAGUCUUGUCCAGGAUAUCCGUAAUGGCAUCCAUCGUGCGCCCCUCAGCUUUUGUGCUGGGAAGAAGCUUCCUUGCCAGUUCCACUCCCACCCGACAUACUGCUUUCUAUUCCACAUCUCGGGCGACCUCCUCAAUUGUUUCUCCUCUGGCAAUUGCUUCAACGCUGAAGCCGAGUCUCCUCCAGACGAGGCGAAGAGAUGCUGCGGUUAAGGUUGCUGGCUUCCAUGCGACCAGCCGGAGGGAUCUCUUACCCCCCCCAAACUAUUCAGGGAACAAUGAACGAUGCGGCUCCUAUCCCCCCUACAUCUCCAUCCCACGGCAGCUAUCACUGGACAUUUGAAAGAUCUGUCGCCGUGGCUCUCGUCCCCUUGACCAUUGCCCCUUUUGCCGGUGGAUCCGUUUACCCUGUUAUGGAUGCGGUGAUCUGCGGCACCCUUUUGAUGCACUCACACAUUGGUUUCCAGGCUUGCAUCAUAGAUUAUAUCCCCGCAUGGCGUAUGCCCAAGGCCAGGAAGGCAUUCGACUGGCUCCUGCGCAUCAUGACCCUGGUAACUGCAGUCGGAUUAUACGAGUUCGAAACGAAUGACAUUGGCAUGACUGAAGCUAUCAAGCGGAUUUGGAAAGCGUGAUCUUUCUUGUCUACUUUACCUUUUUCAACAUUGAUUAUCUUUCUCAUAUGUGUGCGUUUCGUUCUCAAAGGUAUUUUUGACGGGUUUCUUCUCUAGCUUUCCACAUCGGCGCUUUUUUUUGCCCAUAUUCUUCUUCCCCGCCGCUUUUCUUCACGU